AUGGAUGCGCGUGAUAUGGCUGCCUAUCUUGGCUAUGAACAGGCAAAUUUGGCCACUUCUGAGUAUAUGGCAUCUGGAAAUGUCGAGAUUCCAAGCUCAGACACAAGUGCAGAUGUGGUAGACAAUGACAACCAGGACCUUGAGGAAACCCAAACUUCAAAGAGACCAUACAGAAGUUACUUUACUCAACAGUCAACUCCAUCCAAUGUCAUUGAGACAACUUUUGAGGUGCCAGAUGCAGAAGAAACUUUGAAAUUGCUACGCAAACCUUUUCAGAUAAAGAAUCCUGGAUACCAUGUUUGCAAACGUAGUCCUGAUCAUAAUAGCAUUAGUUUUAUGCACUGCAGGCAUGUACUUGGCCUAGGAAAGCAGUAUGAAGCUUUGCGAAAAGUCAUGGAAGAGAGGGCACGUUUGGAAUUCCUCAGAGAUUGUAUGUUUCGAAUAAAGUCUGUUUCUGCUUUUGUACAAGACCUAGAAACCUUGGUACAGAAUGAGUAUCGAACAUUUUAUGCCAUUACUCAUCAAUGUGUUAAUGAAUCUCCAAUGACAAAGUUGUAUUGUCUAAAUGCUCUCUGUGAAGACCUGCGAACACACAUUGGCCACUGGAAUAGUAUCAAACAGCGCAUACACACCAGUAAAUGGCUGCAACCAAUGAUUGGUAGAUUGUAUAUUGAUGUUGAGCAUGUGCGUAAGUCUUUAUUUGCAUUGUACAAUAGUGCUAUAUAUUGGAUGGAGAAGCUCAUCAUGAUUGGCUUUCAAGUUUUCUCCCACAGCAAUCUUGCUGGUUUAUCACAGGAAGUUCUGUGGAAUAUCACUCGCGGUCUUGAGGAUUUUAACAACAUUCUUAACAGCCUUCCAAAAGCUAGGUACAAGCCUUGUGUCAUUAUCAACAGCCUUCAGUCCGAUUGGUGCUACAGAAGUUCAAAGUCAGAUCCUAGUUUAUCAAACUUCCCAGGUUUCCUGGCCAACAGUGCUAAAGCUAUACCAUUUUCAAAGAUCUUGAAUAUCAUAGCCAGUGAAAGAUCAAAAUAUGCUGCAAUGGCUACUCACAGGUUCUUCACCAGUAAUGACGAGUUCAUGAAAAUUCUCAAUGCUGGUAAAAUACCUGCCUAUGUUUGGAAUGACGAAGUCCAUAGUCAAAAUCAUAGUAUGGCACAUGGUCAAGAUACAUCCGACUAUCACACGGCUAGCGGCAGUCUGACUAGCAUAAGUGGUGCAGUAUUGAGAGUAGGGCCUAUCCGAGCUCCUGAUCUCAGUCAAAAACCAGCUCCCCUGACAGAUUUUGCUUCACAAGAGCAGCACUUUGCAAACACUUUUCUCUUCAUUGUGUGCAGCUCAACCCAUCUCCUCAGGAAAAAUGAAAGCCAUUCAAAAUCAAAACACAAGAGCAGCAGAUCUCAAAAUGUCAGCAAAAGUGUCAGUCUUCAGAAGCCUCCAGUUGGCCAGGAAACUCCAGUUCUUUCUCGUUCAGACUCCAAACGAAAGACUGUUUCUUGGGGUGAUUCUGAUGAUGGUUCAAUCCGAACACAACUGGUUAAUCGCUACAUGGACACUUUAUGGAAGUGCUUUGGGAAGGCUUUAGAACAGAGGUUUCAUGAACCAGCUUGGUGUUCAAGAAAGAGGCCAGAGUUUGGAGGACUAGGAAGUGUUGUAUUUUGUAAUGCAACUCUCAUUGCAGUCAUCAGAAACAUGAUCGAACAUGUUUGUUUGAAAGAUAUGUUCCCAGUGACAUCUGUCUCCCCAAUGCUAGGUCUUGCUCGCAAGUUCCACACUAUGUCUGCCAUGGCAUCUUGGGAUACCAAUAUGUGCGAGGUGCUUGCAUCACGUCUGAAUGACAAAUGUUAUCCCUGUCCCUUAGUGGGAGGAGAUUACAGCACACGGACAGGCAUGUUACUGCGCGACACCUACCAACCGCUUUUCAGCAUAUUACAGGAGGACCUCAAGGACUUGUCAGAAACUGGCAAAGAUGCCACAGUGCUGGUGCCAAAGCAGGAUUUAGAUCUGUACCAUACAACCAGCAUCAUUUGUCGCCUGUUGACAAACUGUCAGGUGGCACACAAUUGGUGUGUUCACAAGUCCCAGGCAUUCCUAUCAUCUUGGGCUGUUGGUAACUUCCUUCUUAUCACACAGACAGACCUCAAGAUUUUGGCUGAUGAGACCAAAAAAGCAUUGUAUCAAUCUAGGAUCUUCAGUGGAAAAUCUAUCAGUAAACCAUCACAAGCCGAACAAGAGAUGAUUGUUUACCUAGAGGAGAUAACUCAACAAAUGUCAUCAGCUGAUUCACAGUUACAGACACUAUCCGGAUCUUCCAUGAAGAUCUUCUGUGAAAACUGUGAGAAAAUGGCAGAUGAGUACUUUAAGAAAUCCAUGCCUGUUGGAAAAGUGUGGAAAAAGAAAGCAGCACCAGAGCUUCCAACAGAACACAGUUUGUACAUAGAACAUGCUUUAGAGGCUAUUUUGGAGCCUGUGAUAGAGGGAGUGAGUAAACUUAGACAGACUGCCCAGCUAAGUGCUAUCUCCAUGGCAACUACCUCAUUGUGUGAAUCAUGGAAAAACUUCAUCCUCAAAGAAAAAAUCAAAUUUAGUUACAUUGGUGCCUGCCAACUUGGAAUUGACUUGCAUUUUAUCAAAAGAUGGCUGAGUGAAUACAUCACUAACUCAGAUGUGCGUCAGAGCAUUCUGGAUCUUAGUGUGUUCCGCUAUCUGAAUGGUGCAGUUAUGGUGCUGAAGAAACAGCCUUACCGCAAAAGUGGGGGAAGGCUCUUUCGUGAACCCUGCUCUUCCGAAGACCUCAGUUGUGGUGAUAUGGAAGCAGUUCCUAGAGAUAAUAAGAACUCGGAUCGCUCUCCAGACAGUGAAGUUGAUAUUGAUAAUCCAUCAGACGAGUCUGACAUCCGCUAUGUUCAAAACAUUGAUGACUGGCUAGCACUGCGAGUACAAGGGGGAGCUAAGACCUGGCGCUUCUCACUGUGUCUCAAUACUCCAGCUACAAACCAAUGA